AUGGCGAGCAACGCGAAACUGCCGCCUCCACCGUCUGCCAACCACGUCAUAACUGGCCCACCGAAGGGUGUGGUGGGCGGCAACCGCAAGAAGCAGAAGCGACGGGCAAAGCAGGCUGCGAAGGCUAGCACUCAAACUCAUCCACCUCCGGCCGUCGGCCGUCGUCCUUCAGAUGUGGACUACGACGAAGACCCGCUGGGCUAUGAGGAUGAUGGGUACGAUUCCUACGAUGGGAACGGCUACGACGACGGCUACCUCCCACCUCACGCCGGUCCGAACGGUUUCAGCAUGCCGCCACCACCAGCACCGGGCGCGAGUAGUAAUAAGAAGAAAAAGGUCGGCGCGCACCACUCCCACUCGCCCUACAACCCCGCGCUGCUCAGCAAUCAUGUGCCGCCUCUACCCGCACCACCACCUCCGCCAGCAGGCGCAAUGCAGAGAGCGCAUGCGGACAAGAAUGUCUGGAAUACCAGCACGCAGCAGGAGCGGCAGAACAUCAAAGAUUUCUGGCUCAGCCUUAGUGAGGACGAACGCAAGUCCUUGUUGAGAGUCGAGAAAGAGGCGGUGCUCAAGAAGAUGAAGCAGCAACAGAAGCACUCUUGCUCGUGCACUGUGUGUGGAAGGAAGCGAACGGCGAUCGAGGAGGAGCUUGAGGUGCUAUAUGAAGGCUAUUAUGAGGAGUUGGAACAGUAUGCACACCACGACCAACCACCCGUUCCAUCCGCACACGGCCUGCUGCCGGAUCCUUUGCAGCAUCGCAUGCCGCAUCCAUUAGCGCUUGCGCCGCCACCACCUCUUCCUCAUCACAAGACGAGUCGGUUGCAGGAGGAUUUCGGCGAGGAUGAGUUCAGUGAUGACGAGGAAGAAGAAGAUGAAGAAGAGUAUUCUGACGAAGACUACACUGAUGAAGAGCCGGAGCCGCUGCGCAGUGGCGUUACUGAGUUCUUCAAUUUCGGGCAGAACUUGACCGUGAAAGGUAUCCUCGCGCUCACACCCUGGCUUGAGAAGUUACAAAGUGGACUAAAGGGUAACGCAGACAACCUCCUCACCGUUGCUGACGACCUGCUUAAGAACGACGGCCGCAAGUUCAUCGAGAUGAUGGAGCAGUUGGCCGAGCGGCGCAUGGCGCGCGAAAACCAGGCAGAGUACGAGGCGGCGAAUCCGAGCCAUCCAGGCGCAUAUCCACGCGGAGAUCCUGGCUAUCAUCAUGAGGAUCCUCUUGCAGCGAAUGACGAGUUCGACGACGACGAUGAGGCGUCGUACGAUAGUCAAGACGAGUACGAUGAUGAUAUGGAUGAGGAAGAGCCAAUGGGCGGCUUGACCGAGGAACAGCGUGUUCAGGAAGGGAGACGCAUGUUUCAAAUAUUCGCGGCGAGGAUGUUCGAACAGCGCGUUCUCAAUGCGUACAAGGACAAGGUUGCGCGCGAGCGACAGCAGAAGCUUCUUGAGGAGUUAGAGGACGAAGGCAAGCUGGAGGCAGAGAAGGAGGCGAAGAAGCAGCGCGAUGCGGAGAAGAAGAGAGCCAAGAAGAAGCAGCAACAGGCGGCGAAAGCAGAGGAGAAAGCGAAGAGGGACGCUGAGAAGGCUGCAGAAGAGGCAAAGUUGCGGGAGGUCGAGGAGAAGAAGCUGGAAGAGCAGAGGCGCAAGAAGGACGAGCAGCGGAAGAAGAAGGAAGAGGGCAAGCGGAAGCAGGACGAAGAGCGGGCAAAGAAAGAGGCAGACAAGGCUCGUCGCUUGCAGGAGGAGCAGCAACGGCGCGAAGAUGCUGAGCGCAAGGCACGGGAACAGAGAGCAGCGGAGAAAGCCAAGAAGGAGGAAGCCCGCAAGAAGGAGCGAGAGGAGCGUGAAGCUCGUGAGAAGGAGGUCAGAGAGCGCAAGGCUCAAGAAGAGAAGGAGAAGAAAGAGCGCGAGGCCAAAGCGAAGGCCGACAUGGAGGCGAAGCAACGCGAGAAGACCGCACAGCAAGCAGCGCAGCCGCCUUUGCAGCCUCCCCAGAUCACCAAGCGCCCUUCGCAAGCCGGAAUGGUCGCAGUCCCUCCGGUACUCCAGAAGCAAGCGAGCUCCGCGAUCUCCUCCCCCCACCCGUCGAUCGCCACGCCAGCCAUACCGAAGGCGCCGACACCAGCGAGGCCACGUCAAACUUCUGCGCAAGGCUCGCACGCGUCAUCGCCGAAGCAAUCGCAAGCGCAACCCUCGAGCGUGCCCAGCAAGGCUUCUUCACCAGGAAGUGUGCCGGCUGCCCAGCAACAACAGCCGCAACAACCUGCAGCCCCACAGAGAACCAUCCUACAGAAGGCCGGCAACCAGCAAGCAGGCCAAGCCCAGGGACCUCCACAAGUGAUGCAGAGGACAUCGCCGCCCCAUCAGCAGCCGAUGCAGGGGCCGCAAGGCAUGCCUCAUCUUCAGCACCCACCUGUUGGCUUCAACGGCAUGCCGCAACCGCAUCCGGGCUACAACCAGUUCCAAGGACCGAUGAUGCACGGCAACCUCGGUCAACGCAACCCGAUGGCGCCCAUGUACCCGCAGCCUCAUCCCGGUGCGCCACUUGGUGGGCCAAACAACAGAUUCGGCCUGCCUGGCAUGAACGGCAGUAUCAACGGCAUGCUUCAAUCACCCCCACCAGGGAUGAUGCAGCAGCCGCGGCCACAACCGAUGGGCUUCCCAUUCGAAGGACCUGGAGCUGGUCAACCUCCGCCAGGUUUCGGACCUCAGCAGCAAGCUCAGCGAGGAACCUUCACGCCGCCAACUCAGCCACCCGUGUCAGCUGCACCUGGCGGCGAAGCUCCGCGUGCUGGUCUGCAGACCCAUUCGCGCCAGCAGUCUGCCAGUGACAAGGACCGCUUUGAGUCGGCGGCGAACCAGCCCAUUGCGCGGCCAGCCCCGAUCCAGCGACCGAGCAGCGUCAAGCCACCAAGCCAGGAGCCUACGGACGUGGACGAUCUGUCGAAGCAUCUCGGUAGUUCUGCUUUGAUCGACGACGCCGAUGAUCCGGUCGCUCAGAACGAGAACGUACGGCGCCCAUCCAAUUUUCCACCACCCCAACCCCGAGACGGUCAGCCAGGCGGCAUGGGUGCACUGGGCGGUGCGUUCGGCGCUCCCACACAAGGCUUCCCAGGCGGUCCCACAGGCUGGAAUGCACCCGCACCAGGCCUCGGGCCCUUCGGUCAAGCGCCUGGCCUUGCAACACCAGGCUGGGGCGCGCCUCUACCAAACUCCGGCAUCAGCAACACUUGGGCAAGCAACAACACCGCUUUCGCCGCCAACAGCUCCUUCGGCCCUCUCGGCGGCCCAACCAUGCCUCGCCCUGCCGGCGGCAGCCUCAACCGCCCCCUCACGAUCCGCGUCCGCGUCUGCCAGGCCUGCAAGCAGCUCACCUCGGCCAAGCAAGGCGAAGGCGACGGCUUCCACCCCGUCGACACCCUGAUGCGGCAGAUCGAGUCCAACGGCCCGAAGCUCGACCCUCCGCCUUCGCUGCGCGAGAUCGAGGAUAUCUGCGAGACGGAGGGCGAUAGUCAGAACGGCGGCGGCGAGCUGGACGUGCGCAAGGAUGACGGCGGAGCCCUGCGAGCCGUCAAGUGGGCUCCUGACGCUACUACGCCGGAUCAAGCCAGGGGUGGUACGCUGGGCGAGAUCGGGAGUCCGAUGCCCCAGCGCGCUUCUCCUUCAGCAGGCUUCGGCGCGCCAGGUAUGGGCAGAGCGCAAGCAGGUUUCGGUAGCCUUGGCGCCGUGGGGAGUCCUUCUGGGUUUUAG